AUGCGAGUUUAUGUGCCUCAUUCCAGCCCUUUUGACAAUCAAUUUAUGUCCGGGGAUCCUCAUUUUGAACUCGAUGGAGACGGCAGAAAGCGCGACAUUGGGACCUUAAUUCUCGGCUAUCCCGGUCAUAUUUCAGAUCCUUCCGAAGUCGUCCAUCCCGCAGGACAAUCCUCAACCCGAAUUCCUCUCCUAGCAGCCAAUCAGACGCGCCUUUCUACACCUUCGAGUCUGGAGCGAGGUGCUACAGGGGACACCGGUUCACUGACAUCGGAAUAUGUCGCGAGAAUACCGUUGCUCGCACCCUCGGUCCUAAUCCGUAGCGACCUCGAAUCGCGUAUAAAAAGGACCUGGUUUGUGUUUAGUUUCUUCAACAUCUGCAUCAUGUCUGCUCCAGAAACCAGAUACGCCCCUUCCGACCGUGCCUCUGUUGCCGGGGGACAACUCGUUGGCCAGUCCCACCAGGGAACUGUUGCUCCAAAAGCCGCCGUCAAGCUGCGCUUGGACCUUAACCUGGAGGUUGAGAUCGCCAUCCAGGCCAAGGUCAACGGUGACAUCACUCUGUCGCUGCUUAAACGUAACGUGAAAAUGAGGGAGGGAGGUAGAUUCGGAAUAUGCUCGUCGGGUUUUGCGAAUAAGCUGCAUGCUACCAAAGGAACAAUUGGAUCGUCACAUAAGCCAGCGGACUCUGGUGCGUCCUUCCUCCAUGCAUGGGCUGGCAUGCAAGAGGUCACCUCGGAUGAUUUGCGCGUUGUUGUUUCCGUAUGGGAGAUUUGA